AUGGGGCUAUAUGGGCACCCUAGGUUCGUGUCCUGUGGACGAACUGCAACAUUCAGGUUGUCUCUCUGCGGAAGGACAACCACGGGUGGGAGGAGGCGUGCUAGUAGGGGACGGACCCAGAGUCCAUGGCUGGGCCAGCUCGAGAGGACCCGUCACGAGGAAUUAGAGAUGGCUGGGGCCUGCCGGGAGACUCGCCUUCGAGGGAUCCUCGUCCCGGAAAAAAGAGGCCCGGAAAAAAAAGGAUCUGGAAGCAAGAGUUUCCCGGGCACAAAGGAUCUGGAAGCAAAGAGUCCCCCAAACAAAGGAUCUGGGAAACAAAAAAGCCGGAAACAAAAAGGGUCUGGAAGCAAAGAGCCGGAAACAAAGGAUCUGGAAGCAAAAAACAAAGAGUCUGGAAAAAAAGGGGUUUUGGAAGCAAAAAAGUCCGGUAAAAAGGAUCUUGGGAAACAAAAGAGUCAGGAAGCAAAAAAGUCCGCAAGCAAAAACUCUGAAGCAAAGAGUCAGGAAACAAAGAGUCCGGAGACCCAAAAGGGUCUGGAAAAACAAAGAGUCUGGAACAAAAAAGGUUUGGAAAAAAAAGGGUCUGGCAGGGAAAAGGGGUCCGGUAAAAAAAGGAUUGGAAGCAAAGAGUCAGGGAAGCAAAAAAGUCCGCAAACAAAGGGCUCUGCAAGCAAAGAGUCAGGGAAACAAAGAGUCCCCGGGGACAAAGAUUCUGCAAGCAAAGAGUUUAGAGGCAAAGUGGGCUGCAAACAAAGGGGUUUUGGGGAAACAAAAGAAAUCCCGGGAAGCCAAAGAGGGCUGCAAGUAAAGAAUCUGCAAGCCAAAAAUUUUGGAAGCAAAGAUCAGGAAGUUAAAAAGUCUCAAAACAAAGAGUCCCGGGAAACAAAAAGUCAGGGAAACAAAGAGGCUCAAACAAAGAGUCGGGAAACAAAGAAAUCGGAAGCAAAAAGUCUGGGAAACAAAAGGGGUCUGGAAGCAAAGAGUCCCGGAAUAAAGAGUCUGCAAAAAAGAUCAGGAAGCAAAGGGGUCAGGAAGCAAAAGAGUCAGGAACAAAAAGUCUGCAAAUAA